GCUGACUCAAUCUCUCUCUCUCUCGCGGUUCUGAUGGAUAUGCCGGUUAUCGGAACUGAGCCACGGUGUCCGCUUCUCCUAAACCCUAAACCUUCUUCUUCUUCCUCUGUUUCUCCUUUCGCCGUCUCGACAGCGACUCUCCAAUGGCGCCGGCUCCUCGUUGCGGCGGCAACGGUGGCGGUGGCGGUUUCUCCUAUCGCUGAUUUACCGGCAAGAAAUGCGGCGGCGAAUCAAACCAAGCGCCACUCGAGAUUUUACUUGGCGAGGAAAUCCGCCAUUGCUGAAGUAGAGGGUCCCCUGUUUUCCUCUCCUCUCCUCUGCCAUUUUUACUUCGAGAUGAAGGCUUGAAUAUCAACAACUGGGUAUUUUAACUCUCUUUCCUCUCUCUCAGUCAUGUCUUGGUCUUCUGCGACUCAUGCCAGAAAAGAUACUGACACAUAUGGAUGAACUCCUCUGUCUUUCAAUUUCGUUCCCGAUUACGGGUUUGGCAUGGGAUUUCUACUGAGAUGAGGUUGAACAAUCAGUGCAAAUAUUCGUAUGGUUUCAAUUAAGAUGGCGGCCUUUUAAUAGUAAGGUGAUUAUACCUCAAUCUAGAGUCAAUAUCUAGCAUAGUUAACAACUGUAUGUGGAAGUUUUAACAAGGCCAACGGCUAAGACGAACCAAGAGAAGUUUUGUCAAGGUGAUCUCAUUGAUUUUAUCAUAUGAAAUCCAUUUCAGACAGGGCAAAUCAUUCACAUCAGAGGAGAGGGAAACUAAAGGAGAUAACAAUCAAUCAGUCCUAGAAAUCAUGUGUUUGCGAUCAGAAUGGAAAUCAUGGUACUACACAAGUGUAUAGAUGGAGACUGUACCUUCAAAUAGGAUUGGAUUUAUAACCGCAGUCCAUAUAUGGAUGCCGGGUCAUUCAGGCAACACCCUCAAACUAGUUCCUGUUAAACUUCUGAAUUGAAACAUUUAUGUUUUCUGGUUUUUCGAUAGAGAAUCCUGGAGUAUUUUUCAGAUGAGGAAGAAAGCCGUUGUAUAGUUUGAUGAAUCUGCAUAUGCACUUGCUCAUGAUUGAUAUGGAAUCUGCAUAUGCAUUUGUGAUUGAUGGGUAUGUGCGAAUGAAUAUGUCUGCCUGAGAAAGCUAUACACUUGUUUUCAAGAAUGAUUGCUUACGACAGGAUAAAACCCAACGAGAUAUCCAUUCUUGCCAUAUUACUGGCCGGCUGCUUCGAGUUUAGGAGGCAUAAGGAUGUGUAGAUUGAUUCAUGGAUUUGUUGAGAAUAGAGGGUUUGCUCUGUCUGUCAUCUGUGUGGCAAACUAUCUCAUCGAUGCAUAUGGAAAAUGCAGGAUGGGUAAAGAAGCGAUCUUUACAUUCAAAGAAAUGGAAAGAUUCGUAUUGAAACCCAAUGGGAUAACACUACUGAGUGUCUUGACCGCUUGUAGUCGUGGGGGCUUAGCAGAAGAAGGGCUAGAGAUUUUCAACAAGUACCAGAUCAACCCGGAUGUGAAGCACAAUGGAUGUCUGGUAGACAUGUUAGGAAGAAGUGGGAGGUUAGAGGAAGCUGAAGAAGAUCGCUCUGGAGAUUCCGAACAAAGAUAAAGACGAUAUCGUAAUCUGGAGAAUACUUCUGGGAGCUUGUAGCUUUCAUGGAGAUGCUGUGAUGGGAGAGAGGGUCACCCAGAAAUUAAUGGAGUUGGAGAGAGGUUAUGGAGGAGAAUAUGUGCUUAUGUCCAACAUACUUUCCAGCGUCCGAAGAUUUGCAAACGCCCAGAUGUUUCGGUGACUGAUGGAUCAUUGUAAGGUGAUUAAAGAUCUGGGUCAUUCACAACAGGCAGAGUAGAAUCGAAGAAUGGAUACCGAGAUUUUAUGACGUUGUCGCCGAAAUGAGGAACUGGCAUUAAACGUCAAUCUAGAGUCAGAAUCCAGCAUAGUAACAGUCGGAUGUGGAAGCUAGCUAUAGCAAGGCCAACGGCUAAGAGGAACCAAGAGAAGUUUUGUCAGGUAAUUUCAUUGAUUUUAUCUUAUGAAAUCCAUUUCAGCCAAUCUUAGGAUAUGCCCAUCAGAUGUCAUGGACAUCUGUAGUUCUCAGUGAUGUCCAGUCUCACCAUGUCCAUGCAUGGUCUCACAUUUUGUCAUCUAUAACUGAUUUUGAGGAUGCCAAAACAUACUCACAUUCUAAA